CGGCAGACUUCCAAUUUGUCGAUCUCCUACAAAGCGGAGGAGCAUCCUUUACAAUGGAUAUAGCAAGUACCACGAAUGCCACUUCGACGUUACCUACGAAUUCUAUGCUCCGAAGGGUCCGCACGACGUCUGCGAUCUCAGCAUAUUCCUCGUCAACAAGCAGGUUUACGCAGAAGCGUCCAAAAUCUUCUAUUCUCAGAAUAUCUUCGAUUUCUGUCCCGAAAUGGAUGAAGACAGAUCAUUCUCAACUUGCCACCUGUUUCUGAUGGAUCGUCCGACCUCGGCUUCCUCAAAAAUUCGGUCGCUUGCUCUCAGAUUCGGCCAGCCACAGUUUGCGCUUGACCCUCUUUUCGAGCGCUAUACAAUGCCCGAAUAGCCCUUUCUAGAAGUCUUCCGAGUGAUGAACGAGAGCAUGCAUGUGAGUAGUCUAGCACUAGAAAUGUAUGGGUUCCCGCCCGAUGUUAGGCACUGUCCAUGGAACUGGGAUAAUCUCUUCCAUCACUGGCAAGGAGGAUAUGCGGAACCUAUGGACAGGCUCUUUCAACUAAAUGGAAUCACUCGACUGUCUAUUAGCGUUGAGAUCGAAGAUGAGGAAGAAGGUGUGAAUCGUCUGGUCGCCUUCGUCCAGCUUCUCAGGAAACGAUUGCUCGUGAACGGCGACAAAUUAGGUAUCCAGAGCGUAAGAGUUCGUCGGCGCCACCUCUGGGAGAGAGAAUCCGCGUUCUAUGGAACACAUUCACGACCACAACCUGGGUCAAUUCGCUUAUGGAAACGUUAUAUCACAGUUGCUUGCGACAACGACUCGAGAGGCCAAGAUUACACUGACGCUCCACCACAUCGCCGAGCGUACGACAGGACGGCUCAGCUGGAGGAACGGAAGGGAAAAGAAAUGGAGCUCACCCCAAGCGAAUAUCGUUGGUGGCUCCGCACAAAGUACCGGGACCGGGACUAUACUGCUAGUGACGGAGGAUCUCAAGACUUUUUGAUCACAUUGGGCGACUGGCGGCUACGUGACGAUAUUUAUCCUGACUGGGGUGAUGGGUCUAAGGAAUCUCAUGGAUAUAAGGAGUUGAUAUUACGGGAGGAGGAGAACACUGCACGAGGACACUGCGCAGGAGACAACGGAGGGGUCAUCGACUAGCGACUACGGAAGCGACGGGGCUUCAUCUUGAUUUCUAGAACUGCACCUGUCACUUGUGGUAAUCUCGAAGCUUUGGAGGUCUUACUACGGACUACAGGGUCUUUCACAAUCUGGAGGAGUUAGCAAGUGAAGGUCUAAAGGCUUUAUGCUCGUGGAAGCAACCUUCAGCAGCUAAUAUACUAUACUUCACUACUCUG